GAUGUUGUUGGAUGUUUUCCUAAUCUGUUCUUCCCGGUCCAGAGACACGGAUCCAAAGAAAAGCUAUUAAACCAGAAAAGGCAUGCCUGUAAACCAGAACAUGGGCAGAACAACACAAGAACACUUGAGGCCGGCAGCCAGGCUCACCCUGAAGAUGGAGUGAAGCACCUUCAUGUGCCAAGGUAUUUGGCCCUGACUCAGAGGUCUUGGGAUCACAAGGCCCCACAGCGCUUAUCUUCAGAGGUUAACGUGAAACAGGCAUUUUCAUCAGCGCAUGGUCUUAUUAGUCCACAUUGCAGUCCAGCGGGUCCUUUGCCUCCCACCAUGCCAACCCUUCCAGAAGAUGCUGAACAGCCAGCUGGGGUGCAGCAUGCCAUUUUGCCUUCUUCAGUCAAAGAGUCGCCAGCUGAUACAGGAACAUGCAAUACACCUUCUAUAGUUCUUCCAGAAUACAGAGUUACAUCAGAGACAGAAAGCGAGAAAAGUCUAUCUUUCAGACCUGUUAGUCCUCAUCUGCGGCAUUCUAACAGAAAUACUAGGACACCUGCUAGCUCUUUGACAUCUGUGGAUAAUACAGGUCAUAUAAUUAACCUACUGAAUGACCAGCUUCCAGAUGUUAAAAUAUCUGAAGAAGACAGAAAGAAGAAUCUUGAAUUAUUAGAAGAAGCAAAGAGAGUGAGUGAGAGAUUCCUCACUCGCAGAGGAAGAAAAUCAAGAAGCAGUCUUUCAGAAUCUCCCACAGCCCUAUCCCCAGCACUGAGUCCCAGUGUUUCACCUGCAUCAUCUCGAAGCAACUCUUUCACUCUUCCAAGUCCAACAGGGUCAGAUAUCUCUGCACCGACUCUUGGAUCAGUGUCCCCACUGCAGAAUACCACAAAAGGAUUAACUGAUCGAAAUGAGAAUGAUCAAAGUAAAGUUUCUCAGGAAAGACUGAGUCCUCACGCAACUAAUUUGGAAAGCCCCAAAGAGAAGCUAUCUGAACAAAAGGAGAACUUUGAACCACAUAAAAUUAUGGAAAAUCUGUCCAGAUCCUGCACCUCAGGUACUGACGUCAAUAGAGUAUCUCUAAAUGGGAACACAAACAUCUGUGAAAAUGAACUUGGAAAGCUAUUCCUUACCAAACCGAAUGACUCUCCUUUCAAAACUCCUUUACAAGGACCAGGGACAGUUUCGGCGGGUCCAAAGUUUAAGGGCUCAGAACCACUACUGAAGGAUUCAAAAUUUUCUUGCAAAACACAAUCUGGCACCCGCCCUCCUCUACUGAGAGCUGUGUCAUGGGAGCACGCAGAACCUGGUAAUAUAGAAAAAGCACCUUUUAAAUCGCCAUCUGAAGAUGAUAAAUUUUUUCCCACUAAUAAUAAACCCAGCAACUCACCUACUAAACUUGCAGCAUUCAAAGACCUUCAAAUACAAGUUCAACCAGUUCGAAUGCAGAAAUUAACAAAGCUCAGAGAGGAGCAUAUAUUGAUGCGGAAUCAAAAUUUAGUUGGAUUGAAACUCCCUGACCUCAGUGAAGCUGCUGAACAGGAAAGAGGGUCUUCACCAAUCCCUUUCUUGCCAGAAGAAGACGAUGAGGGAAAGAGUAAAUGUGAUGUCAUGCCAAACAUUCCUGAUGCUCUUUUUCGAAAACUUCGUGUGCACACAUCUAUUCCUGGAAGCUCUCCUUCACUUACUGAAAGAGAAGUUGAGAAUGUAUUUAUACAACUUUCCUUGGCAUUUAGAAAUGAUAGUUAUACUUUGGAAUCAAGAAUUAACCAGGCUGAGAGGGAGAGAAACCUUGCUGAGGAGAACACAGAGAAGGAAUUAGACAACUUUAAAUCAGCUAUUACGGCCUCUGCUUCUUUGUGGCAUCACUCUGAACACAGAGACAUGUACCAGAGGCUACUGGAAGAUAUCACAGUGCUGCACCGUUUAUCCUCCCGAUUAUCCAGUCGGGCUGAGAUGGUUGGAGCUGUUCGUCAGGAGAAACGCAUGUCAAAGGCUACUGAAGUCAUGAUGCAAUAUGUGGAGAAUUUGAAGAGAACGUAUGAAAAAGAUCACGCUGAACUGAUGGAAUAUAAAAAACUUGCUACUCAGAAUUCUAGCAGAAGCUAUGGCUCCCCUGAAGAUGGUGUGCCCCGAACAUCUAGGUCCAUGUCUCUUUCUGUUGGAAAGUUGCCUCGAAGAAGAGUCAGUGUCGCUGUUGUGUCAAAAUUUGAGCUUCCGGGCCAAUCACCUGCCGCAUCACCUGUACCUUUGAUACCCUCUUCCCUGCCUGAGUCAUCAAAUGGGAGAAGCAAUCUGACAUCAACCCCUGUCUUGCCAGCACUUGUAGAAAAUGGAAAAUCAAAUGGGGAGCCUGAUUCUGAACCCACCUCUUCCGCGCAGACACAGGGUGGCAUAGAAGACAUUAAUCCAGAGACAAAAGCCAAAAUAGAGGAGGAAGCUUAUAACAAAGGCUAUCAGGAAGGAUUAAAGAAAACCAAAGAACUUGAAGAUCUGAAAGAAGAUGAUGAGGACAAAAUAGAUGAAAGCCCCAAUGUAGCAGGUGAAAGUGACGACGAAAUUAGCAAGGAACACAGCAAACUUGACGUUCUUAUCCAUUACAUACAAAUACUAUACCCCAAACUGCAUAAACACUGGAACAUGCUCUGGGUUGUAGCAGCCAUUAUCAUCAUUUUUGCUGUGGUAUUGGGAAUCUCCACUUUAUACAAUUACUUCUUCUCCUGUACUGAGUUAUCAGAUGGGCCACAAGUGAAGGCUACCUGUUCUGCUGUCCAGCAAUAUUCCUGGUGGAACUCGGGACUGCGACGUGACCAGCGUACAGAAUAACAAAAGCAAGAGUGGGGGAAAAAGCCAUUUACAAUCCAACAGUAAGCAUCCAUUUGAAAACUGAGGUGUACAAAGUUGUGCUUUGUCACUUUCCUGGUGGUCACCUGUGAUCAGUAAUUCACCAUUUAGGUUCUUUUGUGCCAUAAAACUAGGGAAUGCAGUGUGGUUUUUUAAAAUUAGCCAGAUAACACCAGCCAAUAAAUGCUGUUCUUUUUUUAUGCUAAUCAUUACUUGAUUGAUGUGCCUGACUAUCAAGACAACCACACGAGAAAUAUAAAGAAAGAGUUUGACCAAAAAUUAGGCACUGAUGUCUGAAGAGUCAUAGGUAAAACACAAAGUAUAGUGCUUCUAAAGAAUGCCAUCCACAGCCUUCCAAGUCUGUAAAUGUCAGUAUGAAUUCCUGUUUCAAGAUUCUUUUUAUUUAUGUGACAGAGAUUUGUAUUUGGUGUCACAACAGAAGAGAAUGAGAAAAAAGUGAAAUGUAUACAUAUGUUGGCUGUAUGAGCAGUUUCACAUCAACCAGAAGAGAAGCCUGAAUGGGUGGAAGCAUUAAUGCUUGACAUCUCUGCCAUAUAUACAAAAUAAUGCCAUGCAUGGGAAAUUCCAAAUAAUGAUGUGCAUAUGAAACUUCUGUCACAUCCCAUUAUAGGCACUUUAUGGGCACACACAAAUUCACAUUCAGUUCUAUCACAUGUCCAAGAGAGUGACCUCCCUUAUGUGUUCUGGAAAGCUUUACCAUAUGUUCCAGUAAGUAUAUAGUGACACUAUGGUUUAACAAAAAGUCUGGUGUGCAUGAUAGUUGGAAGCAGCAACCUGCUAUAAGUACAGCAACCUUGAAGAAAUACAUUCCACUUGAACAUGUUCUACUGAGGUUAGACAUUACAAAGGAGAUGUGUUUGUUUUAAACUCUUAUCUCUAUUAUAACUUUAAUGAAGCUUGGAAUACACUUGCAGAGUGCAACUGGUCGAUGCAAUGAGGAGCUUCUUUCCUUCUGCUGAUUUCAAGAGGAACAGAUACUAGUUGGGUGGAGGAAAUUUCCUAUAGGAAGAGCUAAGCACUGCUCUUAGCUCUCUUUACUGUAUCUUGUUUGCCAAGUAAAUGUCUGUCCAAACGCAACUCUCAUAAAUCUUGAGCUGCAUAAAUAACUCUUUCACAUAUCACAAAGAAAAUUAGACGAUAUUGAUAAAUAUGGAUGUGUAGAAGGCCAGUGGGUAUGUUGGAAGGAAGUCAUGUGUAAUGUAUUUGUAGUGCUGCUUUGUAAGAGGCUGAAAUACCCCUGUCCUUUCUAGUGUGGGUCAAUCUCUUGGCAUAAAAUCUAAGUUAUGAAAUAAAAAUUUCAGGCCUUAGCUGACAUAAUUAGAUGGAGAACAAACAGGAGGCUUGAUUCUAAAUAAACAUCAGGAUGAAAAGAUUGCUGGAAGUUCUUCUGCCAUUUAGAUUCCUAUAAGAAGUGUGAGGUGUAGUUUUACCAUCUCACAAAGCUCUCCCUCAGCAAACUCUUUGUCAUCACACUGUGUUACCCUUUUGUACAAAUUUCUCUACAUAUUGAUGUGGCAAUGAGAUAAUUCCUCUAGAAUUAGAGGCUCUAAAGAAGAGUUAAUGGUUUUUAGAAGGUACUGCAUAUCUAAUGUUGAUAAAAUAUGGUAAAUUCUAAUUCUGCCAUAGAUUAUUGAUAGACGAUCAUGAGAAUCUCAGGAAAAACGCAUAAUACGAUUACCCAAGCAACAGUUAAAAACAUGAAAUUUCUAACCAGGGAGAAGCAGUGUAAAGGAGCUUAACUUAUGAGAUGGGUAACAUUGAUACUAAAUACAACUUUGUCUAUAUAUUCACCAUCUAAUAUGUCUCUUAACAGCUCCAGAAGCACAAAAUAGUGUGAUUAAGCAUGUUUAAAAGGCUAAUGAGAAUGUGUAUCAUUUCCUCUCAAACUGGAAAAGGAAAAUUAAAGGGGGGUAAAGAAUAAUAGAUUUCUGCUGGCUUUUGAAUUAAUAAGAAAUAGCUCAUCAUACUUUUUCAUUCCAAUGAAAAAGAGCUAGUACUUUAAAUGCAUUAUAUAGGAAAAAUGAUGAAGCAAAACCAAAGAAUGAGGAAUAAAAAUGCCAUUACAAAAUAACUCAGAAAGCUGUGUCAUGCAGGAAUACGCCUCCCAAGCAAUGGUAUAUUUAAUUUGAGGUGAUCAUUGUUGGCAAGAUAAAAUAGCGAGGUUAAGGUUUGAUUAUGUGGCAAGGCCAUAUAUCUGCCAAUGAUUGGCCGUCCAUUCUUUAUUCCUUAACUAUGGCUGUGAAAUGAGCUAAGGGCUUUUUCCUUUGUUUUUCUUGGACUUUAACGAAGGUUUACAUCUGUAAAAAUCAUUCUUAAAUCUAAAUUUAUCAGGGUAUUGUGUUUAUCAACAUUUUAAAACUAGAUUCAAACCCAAGUGUUACUUCUUGCAGCCUUUUUCAGCUCGGUGCCUUCCAGUUAUAUUGUACUCUCAUCAUUCCCAGCAAGCAUGGCCAAUAGAGCAGAGUUCCUGCUUAAUAUCUAUCCUUGUGAUAUGACUAACCAAAGUUGAUGUUAAUGUCAAGCAGAAGAAGAAUUUGUAUAUAGUGCGGUGUCAUCUUAACCGCAUAGCCAUUAUUAAAAGAAGUGCUAAAUCUGAACUAUAUAAAAAUGCGAAGUCCCUCCAAAAUGCUACAUGCAUUUGUACACUUUUUGUCUUUAUUUCAUCUAUAAAACAUUUGUAUUGGGCUAAGUAGAAUUACUAAAGAUAAACAGAUGUUUUGCUUACAAAGCCAUCUACGUUCUGCUGAAAAUAUGUAUUGCUUUACCAAUACCUGGAGGGAGGGAGAAACAAUUUUUUGCCAGAGCACCUGAUGUUUGAUGUUCUCAUGAUCAGGGUUUGGGGCCAACCAUUGUUUAUUUAAUUUUUAAAUGGAAUUCUUUCUUAGUGUUGAUGGGCUCAUCAGGAUAUAAAAUGGUGGCUGUCUUUGAUGAAAAAGAAAAGAUUAUGCAGCCAUUUGUUUCUCUAUGCAUUAUCUCCUAUAUGUUAUAACUGAAUCAAAUUCAUAGGGCUGAUAUGGCCACUAAGAGUAGGUCAAUCAUCUUACACAAUUCAUAAGUUUCUGUUUUGGGUUUUGUUCUUGUUCUGAGGUUUUGUUUUGGAAGUGCAAUAUUUAUUUAUUUGGCUUUAAUGAGACACAUUUUCUCUUGUGCACAGCACUGAUGUUUUUUAAGUAGGAGGUACUCAAGAGGCACUAUCUUUAAUUUAAAUUUUCUAAGACUUUGCACAGGUGUGCUAGCAUUGUACUGUAUAGAGCAUCACAUACUUGAGAUGUUGAAAUAAAAGUAUUGUUUCAGAGUU